ACGCUGUUAAGAGCAUGCAAUAACAAAAUGUUACUUAUCCGCUCCGCUGAUAAAGUAAAUAAAACACUUGGUUCAUGAGAGAACUUUGGACAUGGACUUUCGCAAGGCGCGCGCCCGCCAACCUGAAAUUGUACGUUCCGUGCAAAAAGAUGCACGCUAUACCACGGAAUUGGGUGAGGACCUGUCAGAUAUAUUACGAUUGACAGGGCCACGAAAUUGGAUCAAAUACAACCAACUGUGUCAGCUGAUAGCACAGCUAAGUUAUCAUGGUUUUGCCUCCAUAAACAAUCUGCAAACGCUGGGCGAGGAGUACACGGGCAUUAUACAAGUAGAUGGCAACUUCAAGCAAAUACCCAGUCGCCUGUUGCAAUUGAUAGCGAUUAUUCUAGAGUUUGGUGGAGACGCUUUGUUUUUGCGUGUACUGCAAAAAUUACAGAAGCAUGUAGCGGAACAUGAUGAGAUUGUACCUGAGGCCAAGCAAAAGUUGCAAAAAUUCAUACAGAGCCUGCGUCAAUCUCCAAGCUACAUCAAGGCGCUGCACAAAUCGCUCUUCUACUUGAACUCCAGCAAAUAUCAGCUGUCCAAGCGCACCACGAGCAUCAACUAUGUGCUCAUACGUCACUGGCUGCAGCCAGAAUUUUCGCUCUAUGGAUACAAGAUUCUUGGCGUCAUUACAUUCCUGCAGGUUACAGUAUCGUUAGCCAUAGGCGGCUGGGAGACAUGGAAGGAGCACAAGCGGCAGCAGCUGGAAGCCCUGAAGCAAGCGGGUAAAAGUUUUCUUCAACGCUCAGAGAGUCAACAGCGAGCAGUAGUGGAUGCCCCACAAUGCAUACUCUGCUUGGAGCCGCGACAGCAUUGCAGUCUGACACCUUGUGGCCAUCUCUUUUGCUGGAACUGCAUACUUGAAUGGCUGGAGGAACGUGAUGAGUGCCCAUUGUGUCGGGAGUCACUAAAGAAGUCGCAGGUCAUCCAGCUACGCAACUAUGUAUAAAGAUUAUCUUUGGAAACAUGUCGCUAUCCCUAAUUUUUUCUAAAACAUUCACGAGUCUUUUUAAUGACUUUC